AUGGCACUUUUAGUUAAAGAAUUGGGCUCGGCAGAUCACCCACUUCCCAUACCCCCGGAAAAGCCGCCCGUCAGCUACACGGACAUCUGUGAGACGGCGUGCUUCAGCAUGGGCGUCUUCGUGCUCCGCGCCAGUGCCUGCAUCCCUCUGCACAACCACCUGGGCAUACAGGGGCUGCUGAAGGUCUUCUACGGCACCCUCCACAUUGCCUGCUUUGACGAGCAGCCCGAGGAGCCCCAGGACGCCCCCAAUGCCACUGCUUCUGCUGAUGCCUCCGAGGCCGCCUCCUGCCCCGGCCGCCCUCGCCGCUUGCGUGCCUUGCUCUGCUCGCACCGCCUCUACACGGCCUCCAUGCCGCCCUGCCUGCUCUCCCCGCAGUGGGACAACCUGCACCAGAUCGCGGCUGAGGGUACCGGGCCCGUCGCCUUCCUCGACAUCCUGGUGCCACCCUACAACCCGGCCCGCGGACACGACUGCCACUACUACCAGCUGGCCAACGGACAGAGCCUCCCGCCCGCAACCGGCCCUCUGUGCGCUCUCUGGCUGCUGGAGACCCCGCAGGCGCCCUACUUCUGGUGUGGCGGGGAGCCUUAUCUGGGCCCCCGAGUCUACCCCUGA